AUGGGUGCUCUCCAAACGUUACAACAGACAGAACCCCAUCUUCUUCCCCCUUAUGUUUCCUACCUCCCAGUUUCCCUCGUCUAUGAACCAGAUGAAACCCAAGGCAGAAAUACCCCGUCUACAGACCGCUGUUGGGCUGGAGCAGCAGCUGGAGAUCUGGAGGACAAUCAGUUGGAGCAGUUUCAUGAUAACAUCCCAGGAUACAUCAACUACUUCCUGAACCCGCAUCAAGAGGAGGGCCCCCGCGGAGGGCGAAAAAGUGGGAGGCGAGCAGCAGGAACAGGAGGUACCAGGAGAGCUGCAACAGGUGAGAGAGGAACCCGGAGACCCCAAGCAAAAACAGGAGGGAGAAGGAGGGGUAGGGGAGUGUUAACGCAGACGGUGGAUGUGCAGAGUGUUGGGGUGAGCAAGCUUCAGAAGAUGUUCCUGCAGAGGUGGGGUAUGAAGACUCCUAGGACGGGGCAGGGUGGAGGAGCUGUAGGCAGGAGGUUAUACCUGAAGACAAGGGAGCAACUAAAGCCGGCCAAGAGCUGUCAGAGGAAGAGGAGGCGCGGCAAAGAGUGGGACUUCAGCCAGAGUGGCGAUUUGAGAGAGGGAGGAGAAAGUAACAUACAGCUGUAUAACCAGGAUGGUCUCCCUGUUGGCCGGCCUAAGAGGACAAGGGCCAAACAAACAUCAGCUCCUGUUUCUUCCCCUCCUUUGAAAUUUGACAAUGUUUAUCAUGCAUUAUCCAACUCCAGCCCUGUCCUCCAUCCUUCUACAUCAGCUGUCCUAAUGUCACCUGCAGCUUCCUACCUGCCUCCAGCACCAUCUCUCUUCCACACCACUUCCCUCCCUCCUGCAGCCCCUCCACCCUAUGAGCCUGAACCCAUGGAUCGUCUCCUGGAGGAAGUGAUAAUGGGCCUUGACAUUUUGCCAAACAACAACAGUGGAGGCCUAAAUUCUCUGCCUCUUCCUUCAGCCGGCAGCAGCUGCACCUAUGCCUCAUCUGGCAAUGUUUUGACUGAAAACAAAUGCGUUGGCAGUCCCCCUGUACUCCUGGAAGCAGAAUCUUCCCGGGUUGUUGGUGGAGGCCUAGGCCGAGGAGGAGGCGUUUCCAGCUCUGCAGUGCCAGUUCUGCAGCAGCAAGGAGAGGGAGAACUGAAUGACAUGCUUGAGAACUUUCUGCAGUCCUUCGAGCAGCAUGUCGGCCGCUGGGACGAGAUGGAGAGGGGGAGUCAGAGCAGCACAGUGGUUGUUCUGAGCGAAUACAGAAAAACCCAGACCCAGACCAAAGCCCCUCGUCUAAAGAAUACUCCACGUCCACUCAGAUGUUCUCAAAUAAGUGAACUGCAACAGAGUGAUGAAGCUGAAACUCUACAGAGCUGUCCACAGCUGUCUCCUUUGGCUCCCCUGAAACAUGCUGAGGAAACAGUGACACGAGUUGGAGAGUCGAGGAAGAAUAAAAAAAACCAGUAUCCGUUCUCACCGAUGAAGGGAAGGAAGAGGAAGCCUGUAUCAUCGAGUAAAGCAAGGGAGAAAACAGUUCAUUACAGAGACAAGCAGCUACAGCAGAUGCCUGUCGUGAAACUGGAGAGAAGUGGCCCGCUGCCAGUCCGAGUAACGCAGCAGGGACGCAGCUGUCAGAGUCUGGAAGCUGAGAGUCCCGGACAGACAAAGAGCACUCCAUCAUCAGUGAAAUACCCACAUGGUAGCUGGAGCAUGAGGUCCUACCCAAUCAGGAGCAGGUUCAGGGAGGCCCACAUCAUGGACAGUAUGCCCUUUCUUUAUGAGCCCCUUUCAAACAAAAAACAACCAUCAGAUAACCAGCAACCAGGUCCCAAGAGAAGAAGCCCAAGAAGAAUGGACUCUGCAGUGUAUCUAAAGGGGGUAGCUCAAUGUCAUCAAUUCAGCAGCAGCAAUCAGUGAACGAGCAACUAGAGGAAAAUCAAGAAAGGCAGGAAGAAGAAUUAAACGUCCAGCGACAAGAGAAGGUAGGAGGAGCCAAGAGGACGGGUAAGAGAAGGAGUGUAGAGUCGGACGAGGAGACAGUUGAUGAUGCCCCUGCGGCCAAGAAAGUUUGUUUUAAACCAAUGGCACAUCCAGCAUUACAAACGAGCUCUGAAGCCGACAGAACAGAAUCAGCGUCGACAGAGAGAGAAAACUUGAGCUAUGUGGACACCAGUGUGAGAGAUUGUUUCCAAAAAGGACGAGGAGAGAAAC